CAGCCCUCCCUCUGCAGUGAAGCAUUUGACGGUGCCACGGGUAAAUUUUAAUACCGAAAGUAUCCCACGGUACGUACGCCGCUGAAAUGGCUGCUGCGGCUACAGAAGAAACACCCGCACUGAGUACUGAGAACGAUGCACUGACCGUAGAGACAAACGAAGGCAACGGUGAGGAGAUAGAAAAGGGCCUUACCGAAGCGGAAACAGAGGAACCUGGCAGUAGCGUAGAACCGAAAAUGGAAGAGGUGGAUGCGCAGGCCGGCGAAGACAAGCUCGCUGAAGCGGCAGACAAGGCCGCGAGCGAGGCGGUGACAGACGACAAGGCUGUAACGGUCAACCUGGAGGCGACAGCCGCUCCUGAAGAACCUGAGCAAAAGCCGGAGUUAGAGCAAAGCUCUGGAGGUAGUAACAACGAGCCUGCCACCGGUAACACGAUGAAAGAAGUGAAGGAGGAACCAGGAGAAGACAGCCGGUGUUCGGGGAUAGACAGCGAAAAGAGCAAAACAGUUUGUGAAGACAGUGAGAAACCCAGUGGCGGGGGUGGGGAGCUGGGCGAUAAGAGGCGGCCGAGUGUGGAGAUAUCAUCCUCGGAUGGUGAACCGUUGAGCCGUAUGGACUCGGAGGACAGUAUCAGCAGCACCCUGAUGGAGAUGGAGAGCACAGUGUCCAGCGGACGUUCCACUCCUGCUAUGAUGAAUGGACAAAGCAGUGCCAGCUCCUCAGGGGCUAAGACAGUGGCUUACCCCUGCUGCUGGGACCUCUGUCCACAAUGCUUCAACUCCAGCCCGGAUCUGGCAGAGCAUAUCAGGGGAAUUCAUGUGGAUGGACAGAGAGGAGGGGUGUUUGUCUGUCUGUGGAAGGGUUGUAAGGUUUAUAACACACCAUCCACCAGUCAGAGUUGGCUCCAGAGACACAUGUUGACCCACAGUGGAGAUAAGCCCUUUAAGUGUGUAGUUGGUGGCUGCAAUGCCAGCUUUGCUUCCCAGGGAGGGCUGGCCCGGCAUGUACCCAGUCACUUCAGCCAGCAGAGCUCCUCCAAAAUGUCCAGCCAGGCCAAACUCAAAGAGGAGUCACCCUCCAAGGCUGGACUCAACAAAAGGAAAAAACUCAAGAACAAACGCAGGUGCUCCCUACCGAGGCCCCACGACUUCUUCGAUGCCCAAACCAUGGAUGCUAUUCGACACAGGGCCAUCUGUCUCAACCUCGCCACCCACAUUGAGAGUGUGGGCAAUGGCCACAGUGUGGUCUUUCAUAGCACGGUGCUGGCCAGAAGGAAAGAAGGGUCUGGAAAGGUCAAGGUUCUCCUGCACUGGACACCUGAGGAUAUACUACCUGACGUGUGGGUGAAUGAAACGGAGCGAUGUCAGCUGAAGACUAAAGUGGUGCACUUAUCCCAGUUACCGCAGGACACAGCCAUGCUGUUAGACCCAAACAUCUAUAGAGCACUGCCUCAAAAGCGGCUGAAGCGCAGCCUGUAAGGAGUCAUCUGUGGACUUGAUACUUAAGGGGAAAUCCUUGUUCAUAGGAGGUUUAUCUGUAUGGGAUGGGACGCUCUUCAUCUAUCUCUGCUGAACGGGGGGAGUGAAGUGGCGAUAAAAGGAAGUGAGACUUGGCUAUGCUGCAGUUCUCCUUUUUUUUCCCUCUUCAAUUUUGUAUAUCUGAAAUAAAUGUUGUAGCCAAGUGUGGUGUAAAAUGGGACUUACAAUUUUUAAACAGUUUGUGUUCAUCAAAAACUACAAUGAAUGUUUUUUUUUAACAAGCAUCAAGCUGAAAAUAUUCUUAAUACCCAAUGGUGUAAAAAAAUGUUUUGUGUAUCCUUGUCAGAAAAUGCAGCAUAUUUUAUAACUGUUUUGUGUAAAAUAUUUAUGCAGAUUUGUAACUUAUUUUUAUACCAUGAAAAUGCUGGUGUUCUGUGGAUUUUUGUGAAGGUUUUGAAUAGAACCGUAUUUACUGUGAUACUCCAUGUUAACUGUCACUUGUAGGGAUAUUUGGACAUUUCUAGUUGUAAUUACGUUGUACAUAACAGAAGUCUUAACAGAUUAUCCUAUUUAUACUUACUGAAUGCAGUACUGUUACCCGUGUGUAUGACAAUGAAGUGUGAGGUUGUGCCAGUCAUGUCAGACUUGGAUUCAAUGCGAUGCAAAUUGUUACAGGAGCAAUAACUCAGUAGUUAAGGGCACUACUGCGUAGCUCUUAAUCUCAGCCAGUCUGUAGACACUACAGCAUAAAAAUGACUCGGACAUUUCAACACGCACUUAAGUUGGUGUGAUAUACACUUUUUUAUCUCCCCACCUCCUCUCCCCCAAGUAACAUGAACUGUGUAUAUCAUAAUGGUUAUGAUAACUUUACAUCACUGCUACUUAAGCACUCAAGAAUUAUUGUUUAAAAAAUUGUGUUUUCUACUGUGUGUUGUCCCUGUUGGAAAUGGAAUAUUUGUUUGUAAUAAAAUGGGGAAAUCGA